UUGAUACGAUAUUAUAUAAUCAUAAAUGUUCAUCCCAAGAGUACGGGUGGAGAUAUAAAGAUCGAAGCGCAGGGAAAAGGGAUUUGCAGGCCUUUUUCGGAACUGAAACAGCCACUGUUUCUUCCAGAGACGUUGUUUUUGGCGAUUUUGUCUAUGCCUUUUUUCUCAAUUCCCUCGCGGAGAUUUUUGAACACCACUUUGUUUUUUCUCUUUUGAUUCUUAGUUUCACUCGGCCUUAGAUCGUCCUUAUCUGUCUCGGUUUCUUUGAUUUCUCUUCGUCGCUAUUUAAGCAACGGUUUGAAGUUGAAAAAUCGCUGUGUCGAUUUGAGUUUUUGAAGAUGAUGAUGGAGGUGGAGUGGCCUUCUUGUCUUGAUGAAUACGAGAAGCUUGUUAUUAGGAUGAACACUCCCAGAGUUGUUAUUGACAAUGGCGCUUGCUCUACGGCCACUUUGGUUAAGGUUGAUAGUGCUAGAAGAUAUGGAAAUCUCUUGGAGGCUGUACAGAUUCUUACUGAUUUGAACCUUUCAAUCAAGAAGGCUUAUGUUUCUUCAGAUGGAAGAUGGUUCAUGGAUGUGUUUCAUGUUACUGAUAAAAACGGUGAGAAAUUAACCGAUGAGAGCGUAAUUAGCUACCUCGAGCAGUCGCUUGGGAUGACUAAUUAUCGGAGCAGCGAAGGGUUUAACGGCACCACCACGGCGUUGGAGCUCACUGGGACCGACCGUGUUGGUCUUCUUUCGGAGGUGUUUGCUGUUCUAGCUGAUCUGCAAUGUGAUGUGGUGGAGGCUAAGGUUUGGACUCACAGUGGCAGGAUUGCUUCCUUGAUCUAUGUCAAGGACUGCAACUCAGGUUCUCCUAUUGAAGACCGACAGAAAAUCGAUAUCAUUGUUGCACGGUUGAGGAGUGUUCUUAAGGGAGACAAUGACAUUCGUAGUGCCAAGACUUCGGUAUCGAUGGCAGUCACACACCCCGAAAGGAGACUGCAUCAAAUGAUGUUUGCUGACCGUGAUUACGAGAGGAAGCCUAUCUUCAAGUCGAAUGCCAACAAUUCCCCCGCUGUAACGGUUCAGAACUGCACCGAGCGAGGUUACUCGGUUGUGUAUGUUCAAUGCAAGGAUCGAACAAAACUUUUGUUCGAUGUGAUAUUCACCUUGACAGACAUGGAAUAUGUUGUGUUUCAUGCCACAAUCAACACUGCAGAAGAAAGAGCAUAUCUGGAAUUCUACAUUAGGCACAGUGAUGGAACCCCAAUUAGCUCCGAAGCCGAACGACAGCGAGUUAUUCAAUGCUUAAAAGCUGCAAUUCAAAGAAGAGCAUCUGAGGGUGUGAAGCUAGAACUAUGCACAACAGACAGGCCAGGCCUUUUAGCCGACGUGACAAGGACAUUUCGAGAGAACGGUCUAAACGUAACGAGAGCUGAGAUCUCCACCACAGAUGACAUGGUUCUAAAUACAUUCUACGUGACCGAUGCAAUGGGAAGUGCAGCUGAUCCAAAAAUCAUCGAGUCCGUUAGACAAAGGAUCGGAUUGAGUAACUUGAUAGUGAAGGAACUCCCUUCGAGUUAUCAUCAAACAAUAGAGAGGGAAGAACAGACGCACGGAGUUGGCGGGGCUGUGUUGUUUACUCUUGGAAGCAUGGUGAGGAGGAAUUUAUACAACCUAGGACUGAUCAAAUCAUGUUCGUGAAAGAGUUGGGUUCGAUUCGAUUCAAAAGAAAAGCCAUUGAGAGAAGGAUUGAGAAGUAUUGUUUGCUUCCUCUGGUUAUACGAGUCUGUGUAUACAAAGAAUUUAGAUAAAAGAAAGGAGAAAAGGUUGGUUUUAGGGAUAGUUUGGUUUAUUUUAGUUUCUUAGGAACAUAUUUUUUGAAAGCUUAGAAGAUUGGGUUUGUUGAUGCACAAUCACAGAGAGAUUAUUUUUUAGUACACAUUUCAUCAUAGUCAUGUAAAUAC